AGCGGGCGGGCCGGGAACCCGAGCCCGGAGCGUGGGCUUCGCGACAGACUACUUUAAGAAAAAUGGCGCUAUCAGCCCAACAGAUACCCAGAUGGUUCAGCUCAAUUAAAUUGAGGCGCUUCAUUAAUGUUACACAACUCACAAAACGUUUUCCCAGACCAGGAAAAACAUUGUUAAAUGGCUCUUGUGCCUGGCCACAGCUGUCCUCUGAUAAUUACUUUCUCCAGUGGGGAUAUAAGACUUACAGAACUUCCUCCUUGUGGAAUAGUUGCCAGUCUACCAACUCAAGUAGGCAAGAGAGUAAUUCUGCCCAAAGCACUCUGCUUCCUUCGGUGAAUGAGCAGUCAGAGAAGAUACAAAAGAUACACAGCUUUGAUUCUGAUCUGUUUCUGGAAGAACUGGACGAUUUGCCUCCAUUGUCUCCCUUGCAGUCAGUUUCUGAGGAGGAAGCUAUUCAGAUUAUUGCAGCGCCUCCAUUACCUCCAGCUUCAUUCACACUUCAAGACUAUGUAGAUCAUUCUGAGACUCUGCAAAAGUUAGUGCUUUUGGGAGUGAAUUUGUCCCAGAUAGAAAAACACCCAGACGCAGCCAACCUCCUCCUAAGACUGGACUUUGAAAAAGACAUUAAGCAAAUACUCCUGUUUCUCAAGGAUGUGGGUUUAGAAGAUAACCAACUGGGGACCUUCCUGACUAAAAAUUAUGCUAUUUUCUCCGAAGACCUUGAAAAUCUUAAAAUCAGGGUGGCUUAUCUGCGGUCUAAAAAUUUCAGUAAAGCAGAUAUUGUACAGAUGGUGAAGAAUGCACCGUUUUUGCUGAGUUUUUCAGUGGAAAGACUGGAUAACAGACUGGGAUUCUUUCAGAAGGAACUUGAACUUAGUGUGAAGAAGACCAGAGAUCUGAUUGUUCGUCUUCCAAGGCUGCUGACUGGAAGUCUAGAGCCUGUGAAAGAAAACUUGAAGGCUUAUCGUCUUGAACUUGGCUUUAAACAUAAUGAAAUUCAGCAUAUGGUCACGAGAAUCCCAAAGAUGCUAACUGCAAAUAAAAGGAAAACCACGGCAACUUUCGAUUAUGUGCACAAUGUGAUGAACAUUCCACACCACAUCAUUGUCAAGUUCCCACAGGUAUUUAAUACAAAGCUGCUCAAAGUCAAAGAAAGACACCUGUUUCUUGCCUAUUUAGGAAGAGCACAGUAUGACCCAGCAAAACCUAACUACAUCUCUUUGGACAAAUUAGUGUCUGUUCCUGAUGCGGUAUUCUGUGAAGAGAUUGCCAACGCCUCAGUACGGGACUUUGAAAAAUUCUUAAAAACACUUUAGUUUUGAUGAAUAUUAAAAUUAAUAUUGUAAAAUGUAU